CGUUUAUUUUAACUAAUAACAAUAAACAAACAUCUUUACAAUGAACUUCAACAAGAUCUUCGUAUUUGUUGCCCUCAUCCUGGCUGUUUGCUUGGGACAAUCCGAAGCUGGAUGGUUGAAGAAGCUUGGCAAGAAAAUCGAACGCGUUGGCCAGCACACUCGGGAUGCCACCAUUCAGGGUCUGGGAAUCGCCCAACAGGCCGCUAAUGUUGCAGCUACUGCCAGAGGAUAAUACCUAAACACUAAAGUUAACAACCUUAUAUUAAUAUAUUUAUUUAUAUAUCAAUGAUUGUACUAUAUAUGGCUAAGAAAAUAAAUCUUUUUAA